AUGGACCCGGCAAGUGCAACCCCUGCUCAUGACGAUCAACAGGUUAUGCAUGCCCAAACUGCACAGCCAACUCCGCGGCACACGGGUCAGCUGCUUAUGGAAGGAGAAGUUGCGGGGCCCAACUACGAGGGCACCAGCAGGCCUCGGCCAGCCGUUUCGCUGCCUUUGCCAAAUGGUGUUCCCCCUGCAGCUGUGCAACGACCUUCAGUUGAUGGUGUUGAGAUGGACUCGCUGAAUGGGUCGCCGUGGGCCACUGGAAUGGCUUACGCACCGGACCAAGGGGAAAGCGCUCGACCGGCCUUUUUCUCAGAAGCUUGGAGCGGCUUCAACAUACGUCAAGGCCCACCUCGCCUCAACAUCGUCGUGGUUUGGCUUCGGAUCUUGUUCCAGCUCCGAUUGGUGAUGGGUCAAGAGGGGGAAGUGGUCCAGGAGGAAGUACGCCGACAGGUUCAAGAGGCACUGGAGUCCCAGAGACGGUUCAUGAUCUUCGUGAUGUUCGUCAGGCCUACUUUGUCGACAAUGGUGCGGCACAGCGGCCGGAGCAACUUGGAGGCCCCGACGAUGGCCAAGGAAUUCCACCUGAGCGCGGCAGCCAGCCGCCCAGUCAAAUCAGGACGGGCUCCGCUACCAAUGCCGGAGUACCUGGAGCAGAUCCAGCUGGUGUUCACGGAGGUCUUGGAGUACCACCGGGGCAUCGGGCGUAUGACUCAGCGGCUAGCUUCGGAGUACCUAGAGCAGAUCCUGCUGGUGUUCAAGGAGGUCUUGGAGUACCACCUGGGCAUCGGGCUUAUGACUCAGCGGCUAGCUUCGGAGUACCUAGAGCAGAUCCUGCUGGUGUUCAAGGAGGUCUUGGAGUAUCACCUGGGCAUCGGGCUUAUGAUUCAGCGACAGGCUUUGGAGUACCUGGGGCAGAUCCUGCUGGUGUUCAAGGAGGUCUUGGAGUAUCACCUGGGCAUCGGGCUUAUGAUCCAGUCACAGGCUUCGGAGUACCUAGGGCAGAUCCUACCGGUGUUCAAGGAGGUCUUGGAGUAUCACCUGGGCAUCGGGCUAAUGUGCAAGAGUCUAGCUCUGGACUUCGUGGAAGUGAUGGUAACUUUUCAGGCGUUGGACAGGGAAGUCGUCUUAGGUCUCUGUCUCAAGGACUGCGUCGCAAUGAAGAUCGAGGUCUUGGUGGAGGCCCCAGGACGGCGAGUGUGGCGGGGUACUGGCAGCGGUCCUGAGUUUGUCGAUGGCGGUUUGGGUGUCCCUCCGGUAGAUCUUGCAUACCGUCCUCCUGGUUACAAGGACUCGCAGACCUACGGCGAUUACGGCUUUGAGCGACCGCCUGGACUGGAACUUCAAACAGAGGGACCUGCUGUUCCGAAUCAGACCCCGCAUCCUGCGGCGCCGACGCCUGCCGGAGGUACCGCCCCAAGCUCUGGUGAGCCUGCGGGCCCUUCGCCAAUUGAUGUUCUGAUCACUGGCAUGAGUCAGCUCCAACAAGUUCUGUUGAAGCAGAAGAGUGAUGUGAUGGAUUUGGAGCCGAAGGCAGUGAGCGAGCUUGUGAAGUUACCAGAGUAUACGGCGGAGACCGGGGCCAUUGACUUCCAGGACUACUUGUACCUUGCGGAGCAGCAGAUUGGAACGUUAGCUUCGGGUGCUGGAGAUUGGUGGGCCCGAACUUUGCGGGCUGCUCAGGUUGCUUAUGCGGAGUACCAGACGCUAUCUCCAGUUCGGAAGGUGGCGGCCUUGGUGCUGGCCUCCCUUCCCAAGGGGGUCAGAGAUGACCUUGUAGCGUACAGGGUGCAGGGCGUUCACCAGAUCCUGUACCGGCUCAUGGUGAUCUUUCAGCCUGGAGGGGCCCAAGACCGUGCUCAGCUGUUGAGACAGUUGGAUGUGACGGAGUCGGCGGCGGGGCCGGCAGAGGCUACAGCAGCGAUAAGGCGAUGGUACCGGUUGUUGCAGAGGGCCUCAGACUUGGGUGUGACCCUUCCGGAUGAGUCGCUGCAGGUGAAGUCGCUCUCAGUCAUCGUGAAGAAGACCUCGGAGCAGAAUGCGGACUUCAAGUUUCGCUUGGCACUGGCGAGGACGGAGCUGCAGAUUGACACUCGCCCCACGCAAGAGAACGUCAUGCGAUACUUGCAGCACUUGCUGGCGGAACUCGAGCAGCUUGGUGCCAUUGCUCGAAAGUCCCAGACGGGAACUACCACCAGGGCCUCUACAACUACGGCGCCCACUUCCUCUACUACCACCCCGACGGGCGCGGGAGGAGCUUCUCUGAAGGGCCUCCAACCAGCGCCGGAGGCUAAGGCUAAGCCUAAGGCGGGGCCCGGGAAGAAGGUGUGUUCGUGGUUCAGCUCAGAUGCUGGGUGUCGCAACGGAAAGAAUUGCACGUUUCAGCACCAAUGGAGCGGCCUCAACCGUGGCGAAAGGUGCCUUCUUUGUGGCUCCAAGCAGCACAGGGCUAAGGAUUGCACCGCCGGUGGAACUGCGAUUCCAGCGGACAAGGGGCAGCAGGCUGCCCGGGUGGCGAAGGUCCAGGCGGGAACUUCGGCUACUACUCCGGCCCCACCGACUGGAACGGCCACAACUGCAAUGGAGCCUGCCAUGGAGCCUUCGUCGACGUCUUCGGCUUCCCCACCAGCGUCUGGCGGUGCUCACAACAAAAUUGAUGCCGCUCGGGUCACGGAGAUCUUGACGGAAACCAACAAGAUGCUUAAGUCGUUGGCAACUCAGCAAGCUUCUGGGGCCGGUCAGGCUCCUGCUCCGUUGGACCCUCUGGAGAUGAUACAGAAGCAGUUGGAUGAAGUGCGCCGACUGAAGGUGAUGGUGGUUCGGAACCCCGCUGAGGACACUUCCGCUUUUACGAGCGCUUUGUCCUGGUAUGAGACGCGAUUGAGUUCCUCUACGGUGAUCGGUGGAGGCGAUGUAGAAGAGGAAGAGGCGUUGCUUGAUAGCGGAGCCUCCCAUGCCUACCGCCCGCCAAUCUCGGCUUCGGAGCUGGAGGGAGCACGACGUGUGGGAGUUUCAUUGGCGACCGGGGAGGAAAGAGCCAUACCCCAGAACCCAGGAGGCACUCUCCUGAUGGAGAACAGUGGUGACGGCACAAUAUUGCCAAUGGGGCAGCUGGUGCAACUACUUGGGUGUCGGGUUUCGUGGGAACCCAAUAAGCUCACCGUGAUCCACCCAGUACACGGACGAUUGCGAGUACGACUGCGAGGCCAUUGCCCCGUUCUACCGGUCACCCAAGCCCUGGAGUUGAUUGCGGAGCUGGAGCAGAAGCGAAUGGCGUCUUUUGAAAGGACGGUGAAGGAGCUCCAGCAGCAGAUCAAGGUGAUCAAGGAAAAGGGGCUUCAGUCUUGGACGUGGAGGGAGCACCUACGGGCAGCAAGGGAAGGAGGGGAUCGAACGCAUGUGGCCGGAUUCCUUCACAAGAACCCGGUGUUCUCUACGGUCAAUGCAGAAGCUCUUCUGGGCGUUCCGGAACAUGUUCCUCUAGGAGGCCGUGAUGGUUGGAAAUUGCUGAAGGGAGAAGUUCCGCUUGUGAUGAAUGAGAAGAAGGUUGUUUUGGGCGGAAACCUUGAUCUAUGGCAUCUUCGUGGUCUCAAGGUGGGUGUGGACGCAACGCUGGGCUCUGUGUGGCCCUUGGAGCUGGUCGCCAACAUAGCCUUAGCGGUUCGGGCCUGGGUUGGGCUGAGGAAUCAUGAAGGGCUCCUUUCCUCCUUGAGGAGAUCGUCCUGGUUGGAUGGUGGGGACCCUGUGGAGCUGAACAAGUUCGACGUGAAGGAUUGGAAGCUUCAUCUUCAACGGGAUCACCUCCCUUACCGCAAGGACUGCCGGACUUGCAUUGAAAGGGCCAGCGGGAAGCCUCACAGACGCAUCUCGCAUCCGUCGGCUUGUUGUCUUUCCAUUGAUACGGCUGGUCCUUUCAGGAAUGUUGGCGCGGGCGGCUACAAGUACCUCCUGGUUGGUUGCUACAGGCACCCCAAGUUGCCGGGGACAAAGCCCGAGGAGGAGUCUGCUGAACCUCCCAAGCCAGAAGGGGUAGUUCCUUGUCCAGAUGAUGGUGAUGAUUGGCUAGAAGAUGCUGGGCCUGAUUGUGAUGAAGAACCUCCUGUUGAAGAGCCAGAAGGCGGAGUUGGUUUCAUCGACCCCGGUGAACCGGUCGAUCGUGAAGUGGAGGAGUUAAAGGAGCUUGCGGAGCCCCUGGAGUUUGUGUCGAUCUACGUGGCGAGGCCGAUGCGGUCCCGGAAGAAAGCUGAGACUUUGAAGGCCAUUCAAGAACUCUAUAUCCAGCUACGCAGUGCCGGCUUUCCAUUGGCCCGAUUGCACAUGGACCGUGCGCGAGAAUAUCAAUCCAGUGCGCUUGAGCAUUGGGCGGCUGCCAGGGAUAUUGAAUUGUCCCGGACACAAGGCGAUGACCCGUCGCAGAAUGGAACAGCUGAGAGAGCGGUUGGCUAUGUCAAGAUGCGGGUCAGGGUGCUCUUGUCGCAGGCCAAGGAGUUGAGUGGUGUCAGUGACGACGUGAUCAGAACUUGGUGGCCGUUGGCAGCGGAAACAGCUGUGUCGCAGCACCAGGCAAUGGCUAUGGGCCGGAAGUUUCCAUCGGCAGCUCGUUUUGGUUCUCGAGUUUUCACGAGGAGGAAGGGCUAUGGAGCUGGGCGUCCAGAUCUCAAGCCGAAGUGGAUAGGAGGAGUCUAUUUAGGACCAGCUCGCUCGGUGCCUGGUGGCCAUAUGGUGUACACAGAUGAGGGGAACCUGUGGUUCUCUACGAACAUUCGCCAGUUUGAGGACCGAGCUGCGGAUGGUGAUGAGGAUCGGAAGGCUGAAUCUUCCCCACCUGAUUUACUACCAGCGAGACGAGUGACGGGGAAAACUUCAGCGGUUGAGCUAGCCAAUGGGGCCAGCUUGCUUCCAGGAGCCGCAGAUGGUUCGGGAGGUGUACGACCUGAGGGUGCCUUAAGGUCUGUGGUGGCGCUGUCGCCUGGUUCUGAUUCAGAUGCUGAUGAUGAGUCGUGGACGGUGGUUUCAGACGGUGCUCAACUAUGUGACCUUGAGGUGCCUGAAUCGUCCUCUCCAUCUACUACGACAUCGAACAGGAGCCGCGGUAGUCUUGCAGCUGAGUAUGUGGAGUCGGGAUGUUACUCCAUGGACGAGUGUCUUCGCGUGUUGGAGUCGGAACCCUUCUUGAAGACAAAGAAGCAGAGAACUACCGCUUGGAAGGAAAACGGCCCGCCUCCGAUCCACACCACCCUCGGUGCCUACCAGCGAGGACCCUAUGUGGGAGUUACGAAUGCUACGAGGCGACACUGUUCGUUGGCGCUCUACUUGACUGAGUUUCUUAAGAGGCACUGUGGCGAACAAUGUGAGUUCACCUCCCUCACUGUGGCCCGUGACUUGAACACCGAGGUACACAGUGAUCGCUUUAACCUCCGCAACUCUACAAACUAUGUCUUGACUUUGGGUAACUUUCAAGGUGGAGGUGUUUGGGUAGAGGGCGAGGCCACGGACUUUGCGAAGGUUGCGGUUGAGAGUUCUCCGGGGGAGAUCUUGCAGGGACACGUCCUCCCAGUUCACAAUCGCAUUGUGCAAAUCAACCCCAAGAAGUUGCAUCGGACUAUGCCCUGGUCCGGUGGCCCGAAGUGGACUGUGAUCGCCCAUACCAUUGGAGCCCGGAAGAAACUGUCAAGUGAUGAUGUGGAGGGCCUCAAGGGGCUUGGGUUUCCAAUGCCAAGUGCUUCGUUGUGUGCGUUGUCGCCAGAGGGUCCAGGACCUGGAGGUGAGUUUCCUUGUGGGACGCCGUGGCGUUUCAUGCUUUCUCAGCUUGAGCUUGAGGAGGAGAUGAUGAGUCGGUUGUGGACUCGACGGGUCUUGGAUGAGGAGGAGCAGCUCGCGAAUGUUGUUCCCAAUGAUUUGGUGACAGAGUAUGAAGGGGUGAGCCAGGCGAACAUUGAGGCCGCUACGAACCUCCACUUCCGGGAGACUCGAUGCGUUCAUGAGCGUUGGAAUGAAGAGCAGUGGCUAGGCCUGUGUCGCAUGACAGAGUCAGAGGAGGAAACCUUUGGUGUUGAGACCAUGUUGGAAGAACUGAAGGAGCCUCUCAAGGUUGUCUUCACUGUGGCUUUGGAUGAAGUAAAGAAUUAUGCUUCCCGCUGGUCCGAGGCUAUGCACAAGGAGGUGAAGGCGCUUCUGGAUGCAGGGGCCCUGGUCCCGUUGUCCGCGGAGGAACAGGCUCGGUUGGAGGCUUCCGGAAAAUUGGUGGUGUUGCCGGCUAAGGGAGUCUUUACUGCCAAGCCACCUGAUGUGGAAAGAUCGCAUGAUGACGAGGGCAAUCCCCUACCUCAGGGCUCGAUCCACUAUGUCAAGCGCAAGGCCCGUCUGGUGAUAUGUGGGAAUUUUCAAGGACGGCAAGCACGGGAGGAUUCCUAUGCGGGUGGUUGUCAGAUUGACUCCUUGCGUGCAAUGUUGGUCUUUGCGGCCCUCAAGCGAUGGCAUUUUGCCUCCACCGACAUCCGCAAUGCCUUUAUCCUCGCUCCGAUCAAGGAGGAAGAAGAAGAGGAUGAUGGAACGGUGUAUGGACUGUUCCCUCCGCGAGUGUUUCAGCUGGUCGCGGUCCCCUACUGCUACCAACUGUGGAGGGUAGAUCGAGCUCUAUAUGGUUUUCGGCGAAGCCCUCGGUUGUGGAGCAAGUUUCGAGAUCGACGCCUACGCGGAGCUAAGGUAGCCUACGGUCAGGGCUUCCUCGUUCUGAGGCAGAGCAGGGCGGAUACCAAUGUGUGGUCCAUCGUCUACGAGGUUGAUGGAGCUGAGCCAGAGAUUAAGGGAUACCUCAACAUCUAUGUGGAUGAUGUUCUCUAUGUGGGGAUCGCUGAAGUGAUUGAGGUGGUUCAGUCUUGGCUUACUUCAGAGUGGAAGGCCUCAGAUUUGACUUGGGCUAGCGAAGGCUCGGGGUCAUGGCUCUUGGGAGAGUGCGAUGAGUCUCCAGUUGAUUACACUGCGGAACAGCUAAAAAGGGCACAAACCUUGACUGGCGAGCUUCUUUGGCUGAGUGGGCGGAGCCGCCCGGACAUCAUGCACAGUGUGUGCACCAUGUCCUCCCUAUGCGUUAAGAACCCAGAGCUGGUCGAGCGUAUAGGAUAUCGUGUCCUGGGCUAUUUGAAGGCGACUGCUGGUGUUUGUCUGUGGUACAAACCAUGUGAGGCUGCCUACGAGGUCCUGGGAUACUCCGAUGCUUCGUUUGCGCCCUCGGGUUCAAGAAGUGUUGGUUGCUCAGUUGCUUGCUACUAUGGAUGCCCGGUGAGCUGGCGUUGUGGGCGUCAGAGUCUGGUUGCUCUUUCAGUUGCCGAAGCAGAACUCCUUGAAGCUGUGAACUGCGUUCAGCUUAUGAGUGGACUGGAGAGCUUCGUAGAGGAGCUUCAGCCUACCGCCCCACGUCUUUGCCUGCGGGUGGACAAUCAAGCUGCCGUUGGGCUUACUACGGAAGCUGCUGGCACGUGGAAAACGCGCCACUUACGCGUGAGAGCCUUUGCUUUGCGGGAGGCAGUCCGUGUGGAGACCUUGAAGAUCCAGCAUGUUGAAGGUCUCAAGCAAUUGGGCGAUUUGGGAACCAAGUGCUUCCAUAAACCCAGGCUAGAGCAGCUACGUGAGCUUUGGGGUUUGAGGACAGAUGAGAGCACUUUCGAAACCGAGGAGUCCAACAACCCCCGCCCGAAGGCUUCCAUUGCAACUUUGGCCAUGAAUGGAGUUGCAGGGGUUUUAGCGAGGCUUACUCUGAUCCUUGGGUGGCUGGUUCGGGGUUCUACGGCUUCUGAUAGCGAACCUGGCGGUGGCUUGGAGUUGAGUUUUGCUUGGGAGCUUUAUGGCCUUGCGAUCCUGGCGGUGAUCUCAGCCAUUGGUGUCUGGGAGCUUUUGAAGUGGCUUUUGUCAAGAUGCUGCGGCUCAGGGGAACUACAUGAAUCUCGAGAAGCCCGGAGACUUAGGAAGCUGCAGCAGGUAGUUCAUGAAGAAGUUGGUCGCUACGGCUUAGAGGUUGGUGUGAAGGUCAGUUCAGCAUCUUCACCGGCUGCUACAGCAUCAUCUACUUCCUCCCGUGUUGAGGACCGUGCUACAACUUUGAGGCCCAAGUUGGUUACCCGAGGAUCCCAGACAGAGCCCUAUGAUGCGGGGAUGAGACAGCACGCGGGUCCCUUCUUUGCCAGUGAACAGGGUGGUCGUAUUCACCAUGAUCCAAACUGUCGGGGAUUGCGAAAUGCGGUCCACCGAACGAGGCGUUUGACCCUUUGUGCUUACUGCUAUCAGCGGUGUCCACUGUACAUUCCGGAUGACUAG